GGGGCGGUGGGAGCCGGGGCGGAGGCAGGUGCGGCAGCCGCGGGGCGGGACCCCGGCCCGAUGGUGCCGGGAGGGACGCGGCUGCUACCCUCCGCCUGCCCAGCGGGGCGCGGAGCUCGGCGGACACGGCGCGGGCAUGAGCCUGACCGUCCUUCUCCUCUCCCUCUGCUGGAGCCUGGGCCGGGUGAAUGGUGUCCAUCCAGAAUGCAGAUUUCAGCUGGAAAUUCACAAGGAGGAAACAAGGUGCAUGGAACUUCUAAAGAAUGCAAAGCCAGUGGACUACAAAGGAUGUCUUGGAGUCUGGGAUAACAUCACUUGCUGGCGUCCUGCAAAGAUUGGAGAGACUGUCACUGUCCCUUGUCCAAAAGUAUUUAGCCUUUUUUCUGGAAAACCAGGAAACAUUAGCAAAAAUUGUACGAGUAAUGGAUGGUCAGAUAUUUUUCCUGACAUCUUAAGUACUUGUGGGUAUAAUGACUAUGAAGAAGAUUAUAAGGUGAACUUCUAUGUACGGGUGAAGGCAAUUUAUACCCUUGGACACAGUGUAUCUUUAAUUGCUCUUACAACAGGAAGUAUAAUUCUUUGCCUUUUCAGAAAACUUCAUUGUACUCGGAACUACAUCCAUCUGAACCUGUUCCUCUCUUUCAUUCUAAGAGCAAUCUCUGUUUUAGUCAAGGAUGAUAUUCUCUAUUCCAGCUCCAACACAGCUCACUGUCCAGAGGAUCAAACCUCAUGGGUGGGCUGCAAGGCUAUUCUGGUGUUUUUUCAGUACGGUGUUAUGGCAAACUUUUACUGGCUCUUGGUUGAAGGACUUUACCUCCACAUCCUCCUUGUGCUAAUAUUCUCCCCCAACAGACACUUCACAAUCUACCUGCUGAUUGGAUGGGGAAUUCCCACCAUAUUCAUUGUUACGUGGACAGUGACGAGGAUCCUUUUAGAGGACACUGGUUGCUGGGAUACAAAUGAGCGUGGUGGUCCCUGGUGGGUUAUACGAGUACCGAUUCUAAUUUCUAUUAUAGUGAAUUUUAUACUUUUCAUUAGUAUUAUAAGAAUCUUACUGCAGAAGUUAAGAUCUCCAGAUGUUGGAGGGAAUGACCAGUCACAGUACAAGAGACUUGCAAAAUCCACGUUGUUGCUUAUCCCAUUGUUUGGAGUUCACUACACAGUGUUUGCUCUAUUUCCUGACCGCAGUUCCAAUAAUUAUAAAAUAAUCUUUGAGUUGUGUUUGGGAUCUUUUCAGGGGCUGAUUGUUGCAGUCCUGUAUUGUUUUUUGAACAGUGAAGUGCAAGGGGAGCUGAAAAGGAAAUGGCGGAGUUUGUGCUGGAAGCAGACAGCAGGCAGAGAUUACAGACUCCACAGCUCUUCGAUUUCUCGAAAUGGAUCAGAAAGUAUUUCUCAGCUCCACCGGAAUUCAAGGGCUCAGUCAUUUAUGCAGACAGAGACCACCAUGAUAUAAAUCAGUUAUGUCCACCAAAACAUGAAAAACUGUGGGAUAUAUCAUUCAUUAUGCAGCUCAAUGUGAUAUUUCAUAAAAUGUACUGUUUAGUGCUUUGUUUUUCUACACGUUGGUAUUUGGGAAACUGAUUUGUGCAGCCAACCAAGUAAUAACAGAAUCACCCACCCCAUGGAUGCUUUCUGGUUUUUUAAAUGACAUUCAUAUUACGUCUGAUGUUCUCUUCUGUUUACUAUCUGUAACUAUUCAAAAACUCAUUUACUGUAAUGGUUCCUUUACCCUCUAACAAGUCCACAAGAUAUAUGUAUGGAAUCCUCUUCAAUGCAUACAGUUUUGGUACAUGUCAAAAAGGUUAAGAUGUGAAGCAAAAAAAUUUCUUACAGUUUAUUUAUACUUAAGGAAACUUUUUAUUUUCCUUUAAGAAUUAGGAAAUUCUUUCCUAAUUAUGAAAAGCAAAAUACGAAUAAAGAAAUGUAAGACUAUAAUUGACCACACUGGGAGUUUAGUGUGCUAAUCCAGGAAAUCAUUAACAGUAUUUAUACAGAGGGAAAAAAGGUAGUACUACUCAGAUAGUUGUGUAGGUUUCAGAGAUUACUUCCUACAGAGUUUGCUUCCAGUCCUGUUGUUCCCUUCAAAAGUGCCUGGCUUUUAAGUUUUGCUGCAGAAAGCAGGGCUAGCUUUCCAGUGUGUAUGGAAAAGGCUGCUGUAGUAGUUUUAAUUAAAAUAUCAGCAUUUGUCAAUAGUGUCAUUGCAAUCAACAGUUGUCUUCUUCUGUUUAAAAUCAGAGAUUUGUGUUCAUCUUUUAUUAAACAAUUUUCUGAAGACAUGAUUUAUUACUAGAGCAGUCUGGCAUAGGAUAAAUAACCUUGGGUAGUGUAUUACCCAUUGAAAAUACCAGUUUUAUAUAAUACUUUCAACAAAAUAUGUCUCUAGAACUGCAUACUUGGCAGCUAAAACAAGGAAUAUUGGAAUAAAGUUACAACUCCCAUUUAAGGAAUAAUGUAAAUUCUCUUAGCUUAAUUCUGUUCUGUAUCUAUCUGAGCUGAUUUAGAAUUUAGUCCUGACCAGGACACCAGCAAAAAAGGAAAAAUUAGACAGAAUACCUAAAAACUACCAUAAAAGGCAGAAAUUGAAGGAAUUCUCAACAAUGCCAAACCUAUUAAAUAGCCACUUUGUGAAAAAAGACAUAGAACUGACAGAUUCUUAUAAACAUAUGCAGAACAUUUGCACUUUUUAACCAGUGAUGUUUACUUCUCAUGUCACAUUUAACCACGUUCACUCUAAAAAGCAAGUGGGACUAUUUGCGUGACUACAUCCAAUCCAUAAAAGCAAUUGCCCUAAUAUUUCAGAUAUCAGACUGUACAGGGCUGGCAGAAUGCAGGGUCCAUAAGAUUGCCAGGGAAGGGUAAGAACAGCAGCAAGGGCAUGUCUUGGCAGGCGUAUACGUACAUUCUUGAAAAUAUUGCCAGUAUUAUGAAUAUUGCUGGCAGUGUCAAAGUGUCCAUACACUUCUUGGUCUGAUUUAAUUUAGCUAGUUAUUAGUUAAACACAAUUUAUUUUAAUGGGUUACCCUGGAGUGAUACAAAGUUAUGUCAGACCAAAGACAAAAAAGCCCUGUGGUUCACAUGAGUACUUCGGAACAGGUAACUCUGUAAAUAUUACAUGACACUAAACUUCACUAAACUAAAUAGCUGGUGUUAUUUGAGUUGAACUAUAAUCCAGUCAUUUAGAGUGUUUUCUGCUGUCAUUUGGUGAAAUAACUAUGAUAUUCUUGAGUGAAGCAGGCUGCCUAGUGGCAGUCCUCUGUGGUCUAAAGAUACACCCCUACGCAUGUAUUAUAUUUAAACUAAAUAUAUUCCCUAAGGCUUAAGACCUCAGCCUUUUGCCUAGAUCUCUGAACAAUCUUAUCAACAAGCUCUUAACAGGAAAUCUGUGAAGAGACAUUGGAGCUUUGGGGGCUUUUUCUAUAUCUAAAAUACAUCUGUGCUUCUUAGGGUUUUCGUCUGAAGUAGCAUUGAAACUGCUCAGCUCCCUGAGGUGUGACAUGCAGAAUGUACUUUUCACCCCAAAUUUCUGGGGUAGAAGUGCAAACUUGACCAGUAUUCAAUCAGUUUUGGGCUGAAAGAGGAUAGAUUUAGUUUAGGUAUUAGGAAGAAAUUUGGUACUGCAAGGGUGGUGAGACAAUGGAUAAGGUUGCUCAGAGAAGUCAUGGAUGCCCCAUCCCAGGAAGCCUUCAAAACCAUCCUGGAUGAGGCUUUGAGCAAUCUGAUCCAGUGGGAGGUGUCCCUGCCCAUUGCAGGGGGAUAGGAACAGGAUGAUCUUUAAGGUCCGUCCCAAUCCAAACAGUUCUAUUAGGUGACUAUGGAGAAAAUCUGCAUUUUAAUGAUUUCUGGAUUAUAAGACAGAAAAGCUUAAAUAAGCAAAUGCAUCUUAAGUUGCAACAAAAUAGCAUAGCUUCCUUUUAACGGGAAAGGUACUCUUGGAUUUGAUUCUCCUUCUCGUGUAGGGACUAAUGCAAUCUGAGACAAUGUGAUUGCACCAGUGGGAGAAUGUAAAUGGUAUCACUGAGUUUGUGAAGGAGUGUGUGGGCAUGUGAAGAAUAUCACACAAGGGAGAGAGAUGCUGCUUGUGUUUUUCAUUCAAACCUAUAAAAAGUGCAGUACUUUGUAAAAGCUCUUCCCUCUGUUAAAAAUCGUAGAAUCUAAAUACAGAAAAUAUCUGUGAGACAAUUUAACUUCAUAAUGAUUGGUGCAAGCAUUUUCAUGUCAGUAAAUGCCAGAGGGCACUGUGCUCACUUGUUUUUACUCCUAGAAAGAUAGCUUCUCAUGGCUUUGUCUUUCAUUACUUUUUGCUCGGUAAUGUGGACUUAAAUGCUCCUGCUCUGUGCUGUGGUGACUCUUAAGAAUCACAAAGACAAUGCAGGUAAACAUAAUUUAGCCUUUCAUCAUCCCUAAACCUAGUUGUUUCUCAGUCCUAGGAGCAUCAGGAGAGGAGGAAGACAAGACAAGCAUAUGCUUUCUGAGCACAGCCUUGUCACAUAGUGUUCCUCCCUUUCUUUAUUGUUCUUCUGCCUUUCUCCCUUUGGUUACAUUAGUGUCCAAACUGAGUUGUAAUUUUUCAGAGCAGGAAACCUGUUUUUCUAUCUCCACUGAAAAGCCAGUAGCACAUCAUGUAAAGUUACUGAACUUCAGUUAAUUGUUAAUUGUGCUUGUAGUUAAUUGUUUUACUUUACUUCCCUGGGAACUGCAGAGGCAGCACUAUUUGUUCUGAGUGAUUUUUAUCAGCAUUGCCUUCUGCUGAUGCCUGAGGAACACAGUGACCGAUUACUCUCCAGUUGCCAACCAUCGUCAAAAUUUAAAUAUAUAGCAAGUGCUUACUUAAAUUUUACUCUACAGAGUCUAUUUAAUCUAGGUGCUCAAUAAACUCAGGUGAAAUUCUUCUGCCCUGGUUCUGGUAUCUAAAAGCUGGAUAUCUGUGUAUUAGCUAAGGACUCUUUCGAAGUGCCUUCCAUAGUUGUCAUAGAGAAAUAGUAGUUGAUGAUUCAUCCCAUGUUCAUCUGGGCAUCUAUGGUAGAUAAGCUGAGUCACCUUUUUCUCUAUACUUAUAAAAUGAGCCCUGAGUAGCUGGCUAGUACUUAGAUUUCUCACUCUACACCUAAAAUUAGGAUAGAUUAAUCUCUCCAGAAAAGGCCAUUCAGUUAUCUGGCUAAUAUGACCCAGAUACUCCUUUUAUAAGUUAACAAAAAUGAUCCUUCAACAAAUGUGUGGGAUGAUUCAAAAGUUGAGGCAAUGGAGGACCCUUCAGUUCAUUUAGUAGGGUGUCCCUUCGGUUGACCGCCAUCAGUUAUAACGCCAAUAGCCUUAAUGUCCUGUUUUGAUUUGCCUAUCUUCAGCUUUCAACAAUUGUUUUGUGGUUUGGGUUAGGUGUUUGGCUUUGUGGGUUGUUUGUAGAGGGGGUCAUAUGCUAAAACAAAGUGCUUUAGACUAACAGAAGUUUUCUUUCUGGCAAGUCUCUUGAACAUCACUCUUUAAAUCAUGUCUUGAUUUCCUCUUUGAGAAGCUAAUGUGUCAACUAUUUCAAAUUGUGACAGUGAGGCACAUUCAGAAAUAUUCUUCCUGAUUCUCUUCUUUGCCCCAUGCCAUUCAUAAUAGCUUUGGCCAAGAGAAACAAAGAAAGUAUUUCAGUGUUCUCUUCAGGAGUGCACAACCCAUUGGCUAUGUCUCACUCCCACUUGCAGCUCACUUUUUCACAGCUUUGAAAUGUUUUACUUUAGAUAGUAAUUUUAACUGACUGGGAACUAGCUAGUGACAUACAAUGAGAUCGCUGGUAUGGCUUUUGCCAUACAAACUAGUACCUUUUUAAAAUAUAUCGGCCUUGAUGUCUGGGUCAGGUGCAUUAAUGUGCUUUGCAAAAUAACCUUGAGAAUAUGAAGAACAUCCUUUUAGCAGCUGAAAGCAGUGCUGACAUUCAUGAGAUUUUAAGUAUUUGACAUGUAUUCAAGUAAGUAUGCCAUAUGCUCCAUGCUGGAGUGCACAGGAGCCCAACGUAUUGCACCUGAACAGCGUGGUGAUGGAUGCUGUAGGUAGCCAACUGAGAAACUACCUGAUUAAGCAUACGUUGGACCUGUGCUGUUGUGGCUGUUGGUGACAAAAAAAGCAUUACGAAAAGCCUUGCAUUGUCAAGUUGGAGGCAGGCUACCCCACUCUGUAGCAUUUACUUCAUGUCCUGAUGCACCACAGACAGGUUUCCCUCUGCCUUUAAAAUGAUGAAGGGGAAAGCAACAAGCACAGACCCUCAGCAAAACAGAGAAUCUGUCUGAGAUGGCUUUAUGAGAUACGACAUUGUCAAGUGCACGUCUCACACUCCAUGCAUAAGGACUGAGUCAUUUGUGUUAUUUUUCUUUUAUUUUUGUGAGUUCUAUAAAAGUCUUCUAUUGACUGAAUUUGUCUAUUUCAGCAAAUCAGUUGUGAAUAAAUCCAAAUUCACUUCAUACAGAAUUUUUUCAGACAUCUUCAAUGAAAAAUCAAGCAUUAAAUACUGGAUAAAAAGGAAGAAUCAGCAAAUAACCUGCAGAGAAAGCUGCUGUGUAUAUAAGGGUCAUUGCCAAGCAAUUACUGUCUGUACAUAGGGAUAGAGGAAAUACUUUUACUAAUAAAAGUACCUUCACAUUAACCAUGAAUGCCUAUAUAAGCUGUGUGUUGUCAGUACUACCCUGACAUAGCCAAAUAGGAUGCGGUGCUGUUCUGUUCAUGAAAAAACAAUAUUCAAAUAAUAAUAAUGUGUCCUACCAUGUCUGUUAAGAGAGUACAUCAGGGUAACAUUUAAAAGGAACGUUUUGUGAUAUGGCUUAACCAAUAUCUACUGGUUCUGCCUAGUGAUAACUGUAUGUAGUUAUAUCUAAUUCAAUAACAAUUCUAUUGUCGACUAAAACAGUGGCUGAAGUAUCCUGACCCCCUUUGUUUCCCAAAGCACUGUAGUAAUUUUAUGAUAACCUGCAGCUUUUUGAUCCCUGGCACUUAUUAUGAGUAUUGCUUUGAAAUUCUCUUUUGUCAUCUUUAUCAACAACUUUUUUUCUGUCAAGUAUGGUAAAAAUUAAAGAUUAUGUAAAUGAAUGUGAUUAUUUUUUAGAGAAUGUACAGACUAUGUUGUUGUAUAGAUUAAUGUGUGUAAAUAGAUUUCAUACUGUAAUUCACUAUACAUUUAUUCUGGUUUUGCUCUUUUGUUGUUUUCUGUUUUCAAUUUUUAAUGCCACGUACCCAACAGCCUUCUCUGAGAUACAUUAUAUAUAAAGCUGUGAACAAAUAAGCAUUUACAUCUUUAUGCUAUAAGGGAUAACAGUAGUUAACACCAUAAUGGACUGAAAAGGAAUCAGAGAGUAAAAAUUUUAAAGGUUUUGCAUAGAAUAUCUUUUAUUUGUGUGAUUUGUGUAUUUAUGAGAUGCACUGCAAGACUGGCAGUGAUGCACCGCUGGUGGGGCCAGCAGAGAGGUGGGGACGUGGAGGAGGGGAUGUCACCUCAUGGGCAGCUCCCCUGACAGCAACACUUGGCAGAGGCAAAGGAUGGAAUGCUGGUUUUCUGUCUCUCAUAGCCCAAGGAAUCUGUUCCCUUCUGUGCAUAUCUGUAAUUACCACAGAAGCUACAUCACCAGAAAGUCUUCUGACCUUUUGAGAGAUCUGAGCUCUCAUCUUCUCCCAGCUUAUGUGUGUGCCUGUAUGAGCAGCAUAUCAGUAUGAACCCUUUCACAUUCUUUUACAUGACUGCAAAGCACUUCAGUGUCCUUGUCCAUGUGCAUGUCCUCUCUUCCCCAGUGCUAACUGUGUGGCCUCACAGCCAGAUCAUCUUGACAUCUGCAAAUGAGCUGCAUUAAGGCUGAUGAGCAUGAAUGUACAGAAGAGCCGGAUGCAGGUGAAGAGGGGCUGGUGACUGGACUCAUUCCCAUCAGCACUGGCAGCAGCCCUUGCAGGUUUCUGCGGCAAGGCUCAGUCUUGACAAAUGAAAAAAGUGGAUCUGUUUAAUAAUUCUGAAUCAUUCUAACACUACCAAUGCUGACAGACUCCUGUAGCUGGAGAA